AUGAAAUACUCUACUGCUGCUGUCUUAUCUGCCGUCGCCGGUACUGCCUUGGCUGGUUACUCCAACUCCACUGUCACUGAAAUCUCCAAGACUAUCAUCACCAUCACUUCUUGUGAAGAAAACAAAUGUACUGAAGUUCCAGUUACUACUGGUGUUACCACUGUCACUGAAAUUGACACCACUUACACCACUUACUGCCCAUUGCCAUCCACCACCACUGAAAUCUCCAAGACUGUUAUCACUAUCACUUCUUGUGAAGAAGACAAAUGUCACGAAACUCCAGUCACCACCGGUGUUACCACUGUCACUGAAGGUACUACUAUCUACACCACUUACUGCCCAUUGCCAACUACUGAAGAAGAAGAAAAGACUACUCCAAAACCAACCACUGAAGCUCCAGAAACUGAAGAAACUACCAAGACUACUAAAGCUGAAGAAUCUAAAUCUAAAUCAGUUGAAACCAAGACCACUAAAGCUGAAGAAUCUACUUCUGCUCCAUCUACUGAAGCUCCAGCUGUUUCUACUGCUGAAGCCGGUGCUGCUGCUAACGCUGCCCCAGUUGUUGCUGCUGGUUUGUUGGCUUUGGGUGCUUUCAUGUAA